UCGCAUCCAACUAGAAAGCAGUUAACGAGUAGUCUGUGUUUUUUCGCUUGCGGUUAAAAGCCACGAGGUCGUUCAUCGUUUUCCUUUUCAGCCCCCAAGCAGUGAAGAGAAACCAAAAAAAAAGCAGUGAUCUUUUAGAACCCAAAAACGUUAAUUCCAAAUCGCAAAGCUACCAAGAAAGUGGAAAAAAUCGUUUCAAUACCAAAACAUGUGAAUGUGCGGAACUCAAAACUAAAGCGUAGAAAGAACGCGUUCGUUCGUUUUUAUAUUCAAUACAUAAAAUAAGAGAAAAGCUCCAAAACGUAUUAUAUAGCGAUGCUUGGAUGAUCUUCGUCGCAGUCACGUUGUACAUACAAAUACAUAUGUACGAUACGUACAUAUAUACCAUUUAAAAUACGCUACGCACACUACUGGCCGAAAAAAAAGCGAAUUGGAGUAAGCUCCGAAACGUGUUUAUAUUAAAAUUUUUUACCCAUUUGAACUUUAAACAACUUUUCGACUGCGCCGCUCGGUUUUCAUUGAAUUCUCAUACGAAUUCCAAUUAAGUGUUGUGUGUGCGUCCAAUUGGCAUGAAUUGAUGACGUGACGUGAUCGCGCGGUUUCGCUCUCUCUUUGGCACACACACACACACACAUAGAUAGCACUCUCUCUUUAAUCGCGCCGCUCUCUUCGCGCUCUUUUUAUUUGUUUAUUUUUAUUGUUGUUAUAUAUAUUCUAAUUUACCAUUUUCUACAAUCAUCUUUAGCUUAAGCAAAAACCGCCGCCCAACAAUAACAGCAGAUUUUGUAAUCCCUCCCAGUUGAUCAGUGUGUGUGUGUGAGCAAAAAAUUAUGCCAGCACAAAAAUCUAAAAAAUAUAUUUAAAUAUUCACUAAAAAUCAAGAAACCCGCACAAGUUUUGCUCAAAACAACAACAACAUAUACUACCCAUAAACCAAAACCAAACAAGCUCAUAAAAAGUGCAAAAUAACAAGGAAAAUAAAGCAAAAACAGUGCCAGUUAACAGCAAUAAUAACAACAAGAGUCGGCGAUCAACAAAAUCCACCUGCAAAAUCAACACAUUUUAAAAUCGCAGUCAACAAGGAGCAGCGAUUUAGCUAGCGAUUUCCCAUUGCAAACUUUUGGCGGAAAAAAUAAAAGUUGUAUAAAAAGCUGAAUAAAACUGCCUCGAACGAUCCACACACAGAUACUCGCUGUGGUUUCUGCGUAUGGGUAACACAACUGAUCGCGAAGCUUACCAAUUGGCCUCGAUACUUUUUGGGCUGGCGAGGAGAGCUUGAGAGCCGCAAAGCUGCAACUGCACAACGACCUAUUCUACCCCAUGAUGGACGGCUUCGCGCAGGACUGGCCCACGUUGACCCACACAGACAACGGCCUGGCCAUGGACCAGCUGGGGGGCGACCUGCCCCUGGACGUCGGCUUCGAACCCCAGACCCGAGCCAGAUCCAACACAUGGCCCUGUCCGCGCCCCGAGAACUUCGUGGAGCCCGCCGACGAGUUGGACAGUACAAAGGCCAGCAAUCAGCAGUUGGCCCCAGGAGACUCACAGCAGGCUAUACAAAAUGCGAAUGCAGCCAAGAAAAACUCAUCGCGUCGCAAUGCAUGGGGAAAUCUAUCCUAUGCGGAUCUCAUCACGCAUGCCAUUGGAUCGGCCACCGACAAACGACUGACUCUGAGCCAGAUUUACGAGUGGAUGGUCCAGAAUGUGCCAUAUUUUAAGGACAAGGGCGAUUCGAAUAGCAGUGCCGGGUGGAAGAACUCCAUACGUCACAAUCUGUCGCUGCACAACCGCUUUAUGAGGGUUCAGAACGAGGGCACCGGCAAGUCCUCCUGGUGGAUGCUGAACCCCGAGGCCAAGCCCGGCAAGUCGGUGCGACGCCGUGCCGCCUCCAUGGAGACGUCGCGCUACGAGAAGCGCCGCGGCAGGGCCAAGAAGCGGGUGGAGGCACUGCGCCAGGCGGGCGUUGUGGGCCUAAACGAUGCCACGCCCUCGCCGAGCAGCAGCGUCAGCGAGGGGCUGGACCAUUUCCCCGAGAGUCCGCUCCACAGUGGCGGUGGCUUCCAGUUGUCGCCCGACUUCCGGCAGCGCGCCUCAUCCAAUGCCAGUUCCUGCGGACGCCUGAGUCCCAUUAGGGCGCAGGAUCUCGAGCCCGAUUGGGGAUUCCCCGUCGACUACCAGAACACGACGAUGACGCAGGCCCACGCCCAGGCCCUCGAGGAGCUGACGGGUUCGAUAGCGGACGAGCUGACGCUGUGCACCCAGCAGCAGCAGCAAGGGUUCAGUGCCGCCUCGGGACUCCCCUCGCAGCCCCCGCCCCCGCCCUACCAGCCGCCGCAGCAUCAGCAGGCGCAGCAGCAGCAGUCGCCCUACGCCCUCAACGGCCCCGCCCCCGGCUACAAUACGCUGCAGCCGCAGUCGCAGUGCCUGCUGCACCGAUCGCUCAACUGCAGCUGCCUGCACAAUGCAAGAGAUGGUCUCUCGCCAAACUCAGUAACCACUACAAUGUCGCCCGCCUAUCCAAACAGCGAGCCCUCCUCGGACUCCCUGAACACGUACAGCAACGUGGUACUCGAUGGUCCCGCGGACACUGCCGCCUUGUUGGUGCAACAACAGCAGCAGCAGCAACAACUGUCCGCCAACUUGGAAGAUAAUAACUGCGCCUCUACUUUGAUAGGACAAUGCCUGGAGGUGCUGAACAACGAGGCACAGCCGAUAGACGAAUUUAAUCUGGAGAACUUUCCCGUGGGGAAUCUGGAGUGCAAUGUCGAGGAGCUGCUGCAGCAGGAGAUGAGUUAUGGCGGUCUGUUGGACAUUAACAUCCCGCUGGCCACCGUUAAUACGAACUUGGUCAACAGCAGCAGUGCGCCCCUAAGCAUCAGCAACCUCAGCAACCUAAGCAGCAACUCCGGCAGCAGUCUCAGUCUAAAUCAGCUGCAGGCCCAGCUGCAACAGCAACAGCAGCAGCAGCAACAACAGCAGCAACUGCAGCAGCAGCAGCAGCAACAGCAACAUCAGCAGCACCAGCAACAGUUGCUCCUGAAUAACAACAACAACAGCAGCAGCAGCCUGGAAUUGGCAACACAAGCGGCUAGCACAAAUCUGAAUGCCCGGGUGCAAUACUCGCAGCCCAGUGUGGUGACCUCGCCACCCUCGUGGGUCCACUAGACAAAGAUAAUGGUCCGUGAUCCCGAUGCCAGGGCAGGACGAUCUUUAGUCGGUAGUCAUCGUCGUUGUGUGUGUGCGUGUGUGUUGUUUGUGUCGCCAAUGGAACGCUUUAAACGCUAAUUCUAAGAAAAAUAGUGUAAAGAGUUGUAAGCAGCCGCAGAUGGAUGGGAAACUGGAAACGGAUACGGAAUCGGUUAUGCAGCAGCUGCAGGAUCAGUGAGCAGUAAGCAGGAGCCGCAGCUGGACCGCCACUAAAAAGUUUACAAAGAUAAAUCUGGUCGCUUCUAAUCUAACAUACAUACAAUACAUAUACAUAGACAUAUAAUUACAAAUAUAUAUAUAGUUAUGCUUUACACAUAGAAACGAAGCAUACAAAUAAUACCAAUUAAUCACCAAUAAUUAGAUGCUACAAUUAGUGAAAUUCUCUGUGGCAGUGCAAAAACAAUUUUGUCCACUAACGAAGGGAAAUUUAAAUAGAAUUGAAAACACGGUUUAGUUGUUAAGUUCAACUUUGUACAUAUUAAUUUUAAUAACCUUGACGUAAUGAAACCCACAAAUAAUAAUACUACUAUUGAUAAUAAACGAAAACAAAAACAUGCAAGCGUAAAACGUAAACUAAAUGUUUGAUAACUAAAUGGAAAAAUAUUCGUUAACCAGCUAUCGAGGUAAACAAAAAUGAUAAAAUGGCAAAUGAAACCGAAAACAAAAACAAAAGAAAUUAGCACAAUUAUGUAAUAAUUUAUGCUUAAUUAAUGUAUUUAAUUGAAAACCUAAUUGUAACUGUAUAUUUUUUCUAUAAAGAGCAAAGAAAACCCUUAAAGAAGAAUUCAACUUGUGUAAAAAUUAUGCUUAAGAUUCGCAAUGAUAUACGUAAUUAAAUCUUCGAUUAGUUAGCUCACAUCAGAUCAGUUUGGCUUAUAAAAGAAAACCCUUUGUUACAUACAUAAAUAUGCCAACACCCAUAUGUAGAUCGUACACGUUAAAACCAAUUGAAUGUAAUACAUUAAAAUUCAAAUAUUAGUAAAUGUAAAUGUUGAUAGGCAAAAUAGAAAUACAAAAUUGAAAGAAUAUCCGCAAAACUCAAAACCCAAGCAAAAGUAGAAGCAUAAAGUAAUAAGCAAAUACAUGCGCAUCAAUAUGUACUAUUAUGGGCUAAAUGUUAAUUAUUAACUAGAUUGUACAAUUCAAAUGUAGUUCAUACUAUUUAAAAGCGAAAACGGAGUGAAGAUGAAUAAACUGAUGAUUCAAUAUAAGAAACCACA